AUGUGGAAGUCGUUGCUAGUUGGGCUUCUUGCCCAUGUGCUCGCGGAGGAGGAGGAGGGAUCUUGCAUGCUGCAGAAGAAGCAGAUGCAGCACAAGUUGAUAGCCAAGGACUACUGCGAGGGAACUCAAAAGGUGCUCAACUUCAACAACUUCAGCCACGGCGACGAGGUCUUUCCGGACUCGAUCCCGGGUGUUACCAUCGAGGCCACCCGCCGCGCCACGGAGCCCGAGCCAGGAUUCCCGAAGAAUUGCUCAGGGCCCUUGUUGAUCUUGGAUACUCGCGAUCCCGACUUUCGCAGCUUUGACAAGGACUUGAGGAAUUGCGAGAAUUGCACCCUGAUGCUCUGGUCCAAGGACGGCAACCGGAACAAGGUCAACGACUGCGGCGAGCAUCCGGGCGUGAUGAUCAGCUUCAAGUACGAGGAGCUGCAAGAUCUGAUUGACAUCGAGCUCUGGGAUCUUGAGGAGCCCACCUUCAUCGAGCUCUAUGGAGCCGACGGCGAGCUGCUCAAGAACGUCUCCGCCCCGAAUGGCCCGGACCAGGACGGCAACCCGGCGGUGGUCGACCUCAUGGCAGAGGGUGUGAAGGAGAUGAUCGUCUACAUGGGAGGCUCUGGAGCGGUCCGCAAGAUCCGAAGUUGUGAGCCAGCACCGCCCUUUUGCCCGGGACCCCCCGGUGAGCUCACCUUCAACAGCUUCAGCCACGGCGACGAGAUCCUGCCGGACUCCAUCAGGGGCGUGACCAUCGAGGCCACGCGCCGCGCCACGGAGCCCGAGCCAGGGUUCCCAAAAAAUUGCUCAGGGCCCCUAUUGAUCCUGGACACUCGCGAUCCCGAUGGUCGCAGCUUUGACAAGGACCUGAAGAGGUGUGAGAAUUGCACCCUGAUGCUCUGGUCCAAGGACGGCAACCGUCGUAAGGUCAACGACUGUGGUGAACACCCGGGCGUGAAGAUCAGCUUCAAGUUCAGGAAGUUGCAAAGCCUAGUUGACAUCGAGCUCUGGGAUUUAGAGGAGCCCACCUUUAUCGAGCUUUAUGGAGCCGACGGCGAGAUGCUCAAGAACAUCUCAGCCCCGGACGGGCCGGAACAGGACGGCAACCCGGCGAUUGUCGAGUUGUUGACGGAGGGCGUGACUGGGCCAGCAUUACACUGA